CAUGGCGACAAGCGUGCGGUAUUCGCAUCCGUGUAUUAUUUUGUGAAUUUGUAAGUGAUAAUUUGCGUUUGUGCGUGCAUAAUAUUAUGAAAAUGUCUGUAAAAUGGACUGGAAAUCAAGGUGAAACUGGAAUAUUACGAAAGAGUGAAUGCAAAGAGAAGAAAGAAGAAUUAUUCGUGUUCGGCUAUACGUGCAAACUGUUCAGGGACGAUGUUAAAGCCCUGCAGGUUGACCAAGGCAAACACCUCAUUCCGUGGAUGGGGGAUGAAACGUUGAAAAUCGACAGGUUCGAUCCGUUUUUUACUAUAAGACUGCUAACUGUGGCGCUAAAAAAAGUUUUAAAAGUAUAGUAAAUAAUGAGAAAAUGUUAAUUUUUCGGAAGAUGCUACUAAGUAUUUCGCAGAGCCUAUUGAGUGUCGGUGCCGAGGCCAGACUGCUGUGGACGCUGGGCGCACGGUUUCCGCCUCGCGUUUUGUUAUGGUGACUUCCUCGGUGAUAUGAUGCAAGGGGCGCACUUCAUGACCUGUCAGCCCUGGAGGCCCCACCUGGGGGCUUUGACUGGAGGGUGGAGCUCACCAGGACAGAGCAAGAUGUGGAACUGCUCUGUGACGAGGAGAGGUACCGGGCGCUUCACACGGAUGAGGAUGAAGAAGAGAUGUAUAAAGAAGAAGAACUGAAACGCCUUCAUGCAGCUGGCUAUGGCCAGGUUGGAUUCAACUAUGACACUCCAGCUGAGGCAAAACCUGAAGUUCCUGUUGAAAUUGAAGAACCUUUUGAACCUAGCGAAGCACUAAAAGAUCUAUUGCCAACUAUCACAAUUUUUCCCGACACCCAAAAACAAAAUGCUAUAAUAGAGAAAACAAGCAACUUCAUCGCCCACCAAGGCACUCAAAUGGAGAUACUGAUUAAAGCUAAACAGCGAGACAAUACACAGUUUCAGUUUCUCAACAAAGACUCUCCACUACAUGGAUACUAUACAGCACUGACUGCUCUGGUAAAAGCUGGCAAUUGGCCUGAGAAAAAAAUAGAGGUUGUAGAAGAUAAGCCUCAAGAAAUGAAUGAGGAUUACCUUCAUCCAAGUUUAGCAGCAACAAUCAUAGAAUCUGCACCCUCCAUUCCAAGCAUCCACUACAAACCAUCAGCGGACUGCGACUAUACACUACUAAUAUCCAAGAUGCGCGGUGAAGCAACCCUGGACGAGGUCUACACCCCAGAGUUGGCUCCGGGGGAAGUGGCACCUCCAGGAACAGAACCACUGCCUCCCCGCGUCAACACGGAGAUCACUAGAGCUCCUGUCAUGUACAACAAAAAUGACCAAGCAAUGCCUCCAGUACCACCUCACCAGCCAUAUGCAACAUUCAACCAGCAGUACAUGGCUCAACCACCAAUACCACCGAACACACAACCAAGCUUACCCGUAAACAACAUUUCACAAAUUGAGACAAAACCGAUGGCAACCAAGUCCACUGGCCUCAGUCUCAUGAAGAACUAUAAUACCGAUAGCGAUAGUGAAGACUCAGAUUUCGACGACAGCUCAUCAUCGGACAGCAAGCACAAACCAAUAAUAAUAAUUCCACCGGAUGACGUCAAAACUGUGAUAGACAAAAUGGCCGCGUACGUAGCACGGAAUGGCGACGAGUUUGAAGAUAUAGUGCGCUCGAAAAAUGACCCACGAUUCACUUUUUUGGAACCUAUUAACAAGUACCAUAAUUUUUAUAAAAAGCUGAUGCAAGAGAAGCGGGGUGUAGAUGUUAAUGGAAAGGAUAAGGAGCAGCCUAAGCGUGAAAAGACACCCGUAGUAUCAUUCUCAAUAAAGAAACUAAAAGAACCCGAUCCGAUUCUACCCAAACCGGCCCUACCAUAUGAAUCAAGCGAAGAUGAAGACAAACAUACGGAGUCCACAGGGGAAACUAAAGAGAUGCCUAAAACUAACAUACCCCAGGUUCAGGCAACAAAUAACAUACCUCCAGUGUUGGUGUACAAAAUGGAAGCCGGACCGAUACAUAAUCUGCCAGUUGUCAAGACCAUAGAACAGAGAGUCAGCAAUAAAACCGCGCAGGCAAUCACGAUACCUGAAAUAAAAGAACAGGUAAAAGAACCAAUAGUAGAACUCCCCAAAAUAGAAGAGAUUACCCAAAAGGAAGAAGAUAAAAAGAUAGAGAAAUCACCAGAGAAGAGAGAAGAGAUCAAUAAAGAGAGAGAAAAAAAGAGUCCGAGCAAGAGAAAACAUGAAAGGAAAAAGGAGUAUCGGUCUAAAGAGCACAGAGAAAGGAGAUCAGAAAGAAGGAGCGCAGAAAGAGAAAAGCAAAGAGAAAAGAAAAAAGAUAGAGAGAAUGAAAAGAAGAGAAAGAAAUAUAAAGCAGUCCUGGAAAACGAGAUUAUUUCUUUGGAGGAUAAUUCGGAUGAAAUGAUAGAUUUGACAGGCGACCAGUCAGAUUCUAAAGGAGAAUGUGAAACCGAAGCGGACAAAACGAAACAACAGGAAAGAAGGAGACGGGCGGCAGAGUUUCUGAAGAAAGUGGGCGUCGAUCCAGCCGCUGCAGCUCUGCCCACCACGUCACUCGCCAGUGCCAUGGUUGAUACAUUGGAGUCAUUGCGUAAGAAGAAAACAGAACUGGAGGAAAAAAGAAGGCGACAUGAAAAGCGGCGACGCAAAGAAAAGAAAGAACAUGAAGGCGAAUCAGACAAGCAUAGAAAGAGCAAGCGGAAAAAGAACAGAUCAUCUGGAGACGAAGGUGAAGACUUUGAUGGCCCUAAAAAGAAAAAGCGGAAGAAAGACAAAAAGGCAUCGAAAAACAAAAAGAAAAAGAGACGCGAGAUUGAUUCGGCGGAAGAUCCACCUCCACAAAUGAAUAUAGAUUUAACAAACACAUUGAAAGAACUGAGAUCAAUAUCUCCUAUAAGGGAACUAGCUAUUGAUGAUCUUCCCACUCUCGCGCAUCAAGAUACGUCGAGUGAAGAGGAGAUUGACAGGAAAAAGAAAAAGAAGAGAGAUAGAGAAUACAGCGAGGGAGAGUGGUCUAGCGAUAGUGAGGAAGAUUCGCCGUCAAGUCCGGAUAAAGAUUGAUUUGUUUAUAAUUAAAAUCGUGUCAUGCAAAGUAAUUAGCAGGUGCGUUAAUUCUUGAACUUGCUUAGUCAUAAUAUAGCAUUGAACAAAUUAAUUGUAGUUGUGAAAAGUGAAUGCGGUAAAUCUUGACUUUGUAUAUGUGUACAAUUUUUUUUCAUACUUGUCUUAGUAUGUAAAUACUUUAUUGUUAAGCAAGUUGAGUAUAAUAUUUACCAAUAAUAUUUACCUUAUAGAAACCGUUUACACGACUGAUAUUGAAGCAUCAAAAACCACUCUAUUUUAGUAGUGUUUCUCGGACAGGUGGUUAGUAACUUCAUACCAUUUAGCAGUUGACAGUAAUUAUUAUACCUCCAAUAUUCUAAACGUUUACCACAAAAUGGGAAUAAGUUUGCGAGUUAGCAACAUUCCGCGUAUGUGAAGUGAGUCAUUCCCGGGGCGUUUUCACUGUUUUUAGACACAAUACAUUGCAUGCAAUAAUGGCUGAUGGAGGGUGUGUAUUUUCUUA